AUGAAGACCAAGAUUGGCUGGACAUUGCUGGGACCAGUGCAGAGGGGCCGGUGCACCGAUACGAAGUCGAUACGCAGAAUCACCGUACAGGAACUAGACUGGGAUCUGAAUGCGAACUUCAGCAGAGAGUUUAACGACGGCCCAAUAGGAGAGGAGAUCCAAUGGUCCAGGGAGGAGGAAGAAUUUAUGAAGAACCUGUCAGAGACUACCACCUUUGAUGGAGGGAGGUACCAUGUUGGUGUGCCUCUAAAGAACCCAUUGCCUCCAGUAAUUCCCGACAGUAGACCGAUGGCUCAGAAAAGACUAGUUGGCGUUCAGAAGAGAAGCAGGAGAGAUUCUACGUAUGAUACUGCCUACAAGGACGAGAUGGACGACUUGAAGAGAAAGAUAUACGUCGAAAGAGUACCAGAAGCUGAGCUCGACAUCCCGGAUCGAUGGUAUCUACCACACCAUGGUGUAUUCAGCAAGAAGAAGAACUCGAAGAUGCGUAUAGUCUUUGAUGGAGCAGCUGAGAUUCAUGGAGUUUCACUCAACAGUCUAUGUAAAAAGGGACCAGAUCUCACCAAUCGACUAGACGGGAUCUUGCUGCGAUUUCGAGAACUGCCUGUCGCAGUUAGCAGUGACAUCCAGGCCAUGUACCAUCAGAUCGUAGUUCCCAUUGCUGAUAGGAACUGGUACAGAUUCUUGCUCGCAGAUGAAGAAGGUGCAACCCAGGAUUGGAGAUGGACCGUGCACCAUUUUGGAUCGAAGCCAUCUCCAUCAGUUGCCUGUCACGCCUUGAAAUGUGGACUGGAAUCUCAAGGGAAUCCAGAGAACAGAGCCAUAUCGAUCGCGGCACAACGAGCGUUCUAUGUCGACGACAACCUAGACAGUUAUGCUGAUUGUCAAGAAGGAGUUGUAGCAGUUGAAGCUGUGGACCAGACUUGCAUCCAGUCAGGCUUUAAGAAGAGAAAGUAUGCAAGCAAUUGCCCAGAGGUACUUCAAGGGAUACCUCCAGAGCGUCGAGCUAAAGUUGAGGCUGAGGUCAGCUUAACCAACGAUGCCGGUGACGAACAGCCAACACUUGGUAUGAACUGGAGAUUGGAAUCAGACCAAUUAGUGUAUCGCGCCCCAGAGAUGAAGGAUGUCAAGACAAGAAGAGAAGUGCUGUCAAAUAUGACUAAACUAUUUGACCCACUAGGCCUCGUAUCGCCAUGGAUCCUGAAUUGCAGAAUGAUCGUUCAGAGUCUCUGCAAACUGAAGCUGAGUUGGGAUGAACAGAUACCUGAGGAGUACCUGAAGUUGUGGACCAACUGGCAGAAGGGAACCGACGCUAUCACCAAGAUUGAAUUCGAAAGAUGCAUCACUAGCUACACCUACGACUCUGAGGCCACGUAA